AUGGAGAAGCCAGAGAUAGAGGUCGCGCGCAUCGACGCGCUGGCGACCGCGCCCGGCGUGACUCGCGAGUCCUUCGCGCAUCUUGACGAAAAAAAGAUCUUGCGCAAGAUGGACCUGCGUCUCAUACCGAUGCUCGCUUUGCUGUACCUCCUCUCCUUCCUCGACCGCGGGAACAUCGGGAAUGCGCGCAUCGAGGGGCUAGUUGAGGACCUGGGGAUGACGGGCCCGCAGUACAACUGGUGUUUGACAGCCUUCUUCUUCACGUACGCGGCGUUCGAGGUGCCGAGCAAUCUGCUGCUGAAGAAGCUGCGGCCGAGCAUUUGGCUGCCGACGAUCAUGGUGGCGUGGGGGAUUGUGAUGACGUUGAUGGGGAUUGUGCAGAACUACCACGGGCUGCUGAUUGCGCGGAUAUUCCUUGGUGUGACGGAGGCUGGGUUGUUUCCUGGCGUGGCGUAUUAUAUUACGAUGUGGUACUGUCGACAUGAAGCGCAGUUCCGGCAGGCGCUGUUCUUCAGUGCGGCGUCUGUCGCAGGCGCGUUUUCGGGGCUGCUUGCAUUCGGCAUUGCGAAGAUGGAUGGGAUCGGUGGACUGGAGGGCUGGCGGUGGAUCUUCAUCCUCGAGGGCAUACUCACCGUCGUGGUCGCCGUCAUCGCCUUUUUCUGUCUCUACGACUUCCCUGAGACUGCGAGCUUCCUCACCGAGGAAGAGCGCGCCUUCGUGGUGUACAGACUCAAGUACCAGGGCCAGCAGAAACACGACAGCAUCAGAGUCGCGCAGGACGACUCAUUCCAGUGGAAAUACGUCAAAGCGGCGUUCCUGGACUGGCAGAUCUACUUCAACAUCCUGGUGUACUGGGGUAUCGUGGCGCCGCUGUACGGCAUCUCGCUCUUUCUACCAACUAUUAUUCGAGGACUUGGCUACUCGAGCGCGACGGCUCAGCUCUUGACUGUGCCGAUAUACAUUACGGCGUCGAUCCUUGCGGUUGUCACGGCUUGGGUGAGCGACCGGUAUGGGAAGCGGAGCCCGUUCAUCCUGGGCUGUCUCGGCAUCAUGGCGGUCGGCUUCAUCAUGUGUCUCUCGACUGGGACGCCUGGAGUGGUGUACGCUGGGGUGUUCAUUGCAGCGGCAGCUCUGUAUCCAGCGUUUCCCGGAAACAUUACUUGGUUGUCGAACAAUCUUGCAGGUUCGACGAAGCGCGCGACGGGACAGGCUAUCCAGAUUGCGAUGGGCAAUCUCGCUGGAGCAAUGGCGUCCAACUUCUAUCGCUCCAAAGAUUCGCCCCGCUAUGUCCUGGGCCAUGCGCUCGAGCUGGGCUUCAUCUGCAUGGGGAUCCUUGCCGGGUUGUUCCUGGUGUGGAAUUACACGCGCAUCAACAAGAAAAGGGCGAAGCAGAUGGCGGAGGGCGCACACAAUGGAUACACCCCGGAGGAGCUGAGCGCGCUGGGUGAUCGGGCGAUUAAUUUCCGAUAUUUCUUGUAG